AUGAGGCGGUCCAGAGUCACCGGUCGAUCCAAACCCAAGGAUACAGAAUUCGGCUGGUACUUCGCUGGUGAGCCAAUGGAGAAGAGACACUCUCGGAGCGGUCGAAUCAGGUUAGUUCGUUAUGGACCUGAGAGGGAAAUUUGUGUCCACAGUCGAUGCCCGUCGCCAUCUCCCAUUCCAGAAAAUGCACCUUGCACCUGCGGCAAUAGAUGCAAGGUUCACCCCCACGGAACACGCUCCCCAUCCCCCAGCAACACCGACUCCUCUCUCUAUGGGGCCAUACGAUGCUGCGGAGGAUGCCAUGCUAUCAGACGCGAGCGUGAGUCCUCUCCGCAGGUGGAGAAAUUAAUCUGCACCUGCAACCAUCGGUGUGCAUGUCACUCGCCUGAAACACGCACCGUCACGCCCAGCGCCAGUGAAUAUUCUAGCUCUGAAACAGCCACAAGACGCCAUGUUAGCCGCCACUCAUCCAGACGUGAGCGUCGUUCCAACGACGCACGUCCCACCACGCCGAACAGCAGUGAUUUUUCAGACUACGAUCCGUCCAGAAGACGGCGCACCGGCCACCGCACGACAAAGCGGCAACCAGAGCACCAUCCGCAGGUCGAGGAGUGCCAAUGCGAGGCCCACAUACCCCCUCCCAACACCCCUGCCGGGCCAAGCCAGAGGUACAAGUCCCCGCGUGCGUUGAUCGCGACAGCACCACGCCCCAGUCCAGUAGUCCACCGCCACCACUGUUGCAAGGCGUCUUAUUGCGAAAGUCACCCAGAGGGCUGCCGAGCUACAAUGCCGAGACCGACGCCAACUCCGACGCGCUCUCCCCGGUCUAGUGAUAAGCCCCGUCACAGCUUGCGGGAAAAAUCAGACCCGAAAUACACUUACAGGAGGUCUGCUUCUCCUCCAAAGCAGAUGCCCCCCAUGAAGCCCGUGACUUCCCCCAAGCCUACAUCUCCGCGGCCUGAUGUCCAUCAUUGUACCUGUUUCCACAUGGAUGAAUACCAUGCCGAUGAUUCUGGAUAUUAUGAUGACACUGUUUCCGAGACCUCUAUUCAGGCCAUGCCUGAUCAUGACAGGGAUGUGGAUGAGUCAUUUUGUGUUUAUCACCACCGUUGCCGUCCGAGAUUCGAGUGUGGUCUUGGCUGGGUGUGCGGGAGGAAAUGA